AUGCAUGCCUUCCGAAACACUUCUUUGCCAUUCUGCACGAGCGCGUGCAAUACGAACACUCUCGUCGCGGUUGGUGAUGAAGAAGGCAGCAUCCGACUGAUCGACUCGGCGCAGUCCGCACGCUUCCAGACAAGUCAUGUCUCGUUCCGCGUGCAUCGCAACGCCAUCAUGGAUCUUUCGUUCUCUUCCGAUGAUAUUCUCCUGGCAACCGCGAGUGGUGACCAAACAGGUCGUGUGGUGAAUAUGCAGACUCAGCAGACGACCAUGUGCAUCUUAUCCGGCCACAAGAACAGCGUCAAGCAAGUUCGCUUCCGUCCCAACAACGACAAAAUGAUCACAACCAGCGCAAGGGAUGGCACAGUGCAAUUAUGGGAUCUGCGCCAUGGCAAACAAUCUGCAGUCCAAACCGUCAGAGUUGGCAGAAGACAACAGAUCGAUGCAGACGGCAGAGCCCAACCCGAUACGCGCUACGGCCUGGGCCUGGAUGUUGGCUACGGCCACCGCUCCCUCGGCCGUCCAUUCGAAUCCGAUAUGAGAGCCGAGCUUUCAAUCACCUCCUUCCAGCACAUGCCGCAAGGCCGCGAGCACCUCCUCAUCACCUCCAGCGAGGUCGACGCCAGUGUCAAAGUCUGGGACCUUCGCAACGUCGGAAAACGAAACCCCAUCCCGUUGUCUAGCACCCCUGUGCCAGACGCUCACAAAAGUUCCCGGCACUUCGGCAUCAACACUAUGGCUCUCUCAGGUGAUGGCAGUCGCCUCUACACCGUUUGCCGCGACUCGUCCAUCUACGCCUACUCCACCAACUCUCUCCUUCUCGGUCACACACCAGAGAUGUCCCUCGCCGGUCAUCGCCGCCUACUGAAGAAGCCUGGCCAGGGUCUCGCACCUCUCUAUUCCUUCAAGCAUCCCAGCCUCCGCGUCGGCACCUUCUACAUCAAAGCCGCCCUCCGACCCGCUAAAGACGGUCGCGGUGAAGUCCUCGCUGUUGGCAACACGGACUGCAAACCAAUCCUCUUUCCCACCGAUGAACGCCAUCUCCCUCGCGGCGGUCGACCACUCAUCUCACAUCCGGAAGACGACGACGACGAAGAAUCUACCCCAGCAACCACUACCACGACGUCUCAAGACCCAAAUGUCUUCACGCAAGGCACGGCUCUCGUCGAAGCGCACAAAAAAGAAGUCACCUCGGUAACGUGGACGAAUGAGGGCAAUUUGAUCUCGAUCAGCGAUGACUUCACGGCGAGAUGUUGGCGCGAGGAUGCUGGGCGAGCGCGGGACUUGAGGACUGGCGGGGAGAGGAGUGGAGGGAGAUGGAGAUGUGGGUGGGCUGAGGCGGAGAAGGGAUGGGAUGAAGAUGAGGGUUGACUUAUUGUAUGCUGAGGGACCAGCGGAGAAUGGACGUGUAUGAUGGCGUUGACAAAGCCAUACUGACCGGAACCAAAGUUUCCACAGAAGCUGCCACUGGAUAGACGGACGGGUUUGUACGAAGGACAGAGCGAAUAGAGCUUGAGGGCAUAUCCCUUAGCCAGAGCAUCGAUAUUGCAUCCUGAACACCAUUCAUAACGACCAACAAAAUACGAUACCCAAAAUCGUUCCCUUUCG